AUGGCCGUCUCCCUCUCCGACGGGCUGUGCCGCCAUCCUCUCCCACGGCUCUCCUCUCCAAAAGCCAUAACCGUAACCUCUCUCUCUCUCUCUCUCUCUCUCUCUCUCUAUCUAUCUAUCUAUCUAUCUAUCCAUCUAUCUAUCUAUCUAUCUUCCCGUAAAUGGCGAGAUGACGGGGAAGGAGCGGUUCCUGAUGCCUCCUUGUUCUCCUUCGAAUGUUUUCCUUGUUGCAGGGGAUAACGGGGAACCCAUCGCGUCUCGUCGUUGUCUCUGCAAGGGCGAGGGUGGAAUUCCUCGUCUCCCGUGUCCUCGUUCUGUCUUCUUCUUCUUUCCUUCUUGACGGGUCGUCCGGAUAAGAUGAUUAUAUUUCUUUUGCACAGGAAGCUCCGGGGAGCGGUGGGAAUGAGAGGAGAGUGUGGAGACGUCGGAAACUGGUGCGGAUAUUUUUCUCAGUAAUCUCUCAUUCUGUGUCAUUUCGAUUGAUUUCGAAAGGGAUGUGAUGCCAAAUAUAAUACCCAGAUGGAUUUACAUCUCGUAGCUUGAUUUUCUCCCCUCAAAGUGGCCAUUUAUGAUGUAUCGCAUCGAUUGAGACCAUAUCCUCUUGUUUUUAUAGAGUUUUGGGUCUCUGUAGUUAGGGAAGAAAUAUGAUGCGCUCUUGAUUUAUCCGAUUUCAAUCGCCUAUGAUUCUAUGAUUCUCGCGCUGAGUUGCCAAAAUCUGCUUCUUUUUCAAGUUAUUAUCUCUGAUCCAUCCAAAAACUGAGCUGUGUUCUUGAUCUACAGAGCAGUUGCUGCUGCAGUCCAAGAUCAAGCAACUGACGAUGAUUAAAAAAAGGAAACUCAUCUGAUCUCAUGACCGAAUCAGCCCUUUGUACCAUCUGAUCACUUGGGGUUUUGUUGCAUGAGGAGGCACAGAGAGGCUGCCACUCACUCGACGAAUUAAAAAAUGAUUAAUUUGAUUAAUUAGGGUCGUAAUUCCCUGAAUCAAUUUUAUCGCCGAUCUUGGAUGAGAUCGGGCAUCUCUCAAGCUGAGCCUGAUCUCUUGCUGUUCUUGAUUCGAUUAGCUUGCCCGAACUGCAAGAAUGGGGGAUGAACUCUCUUGAGUGAUCAAAAGGUUUUGAAAGACAACAUUGGAUCUUGAACAGGAUUCGCACUGUGACCCGAGAUUGAUUUCAUCCCAUCUCGUUUUUUUUUUUCUUUUUUUGGUGUUGAUUGGGAAAUAGAUGUCGAUUGAGUUGGUGGGUUUCUGGGAAUCAAACGCAGAUUUCCUUCUUGGGAAAUUUCUGCGAGAAUCUAGAAUGAAACCCACCAAAAUCUCAAAUAUUUUGCUGUGGAUUGAAAAAAAAAAAAAAAAAAGGUCUUUGAGUCAGAUUUCUUCGAGUUGGGUUCAUCAGCUUAAGUGAGUGUUUAUUUUUGGCAGGCGAGGACGGACGAGAAGAUGAAGUACAAGAUGGACCGGAUCCCGUUCCUGGAGGAGCAGAUCAGGAGGAUCCGGGAGAACGGGAACAUCCUGUCAAUGGACAUUGAGAAGAUGAUGCUGUCGGAGGAGAACCGGUUUGACUUUGUGAACCAGGUGGCGGCGGAGGCGACGGCGUACGUUCAGGCGGACCCCGACGAGUACGGCGGGAAGAAGGCCAUCCUGCAUGUCCUCAGCAACCGGAUGAAUGACGCCGGAUUCCCACGCUCUGAGGCGUACGUAGAGAGGGACCCGUUCAAGCCCGGGCCCACCUACCUGAGGGAGGAGCUGUGA